AUGGUUUAUGUCCCUUUUACAACUAGUGACCUGUAUAACUGGAAGAAUCAGAACCCCUCAUUCUCUCAGAAUCCCCAGGGACUCAUCUCUCUUUUGGAGUCUGUAUUUUUUACCCAUCAGCCCAUUUGGGACGACUGUCAGCAACUCCUCCAGACUCUGUUCACUUCGGAGGAGAGAGAAAGAGUAAAAGCGGAGGGGAGAAAACUGGUCCUCGGACCAGAUGGCCAGUCAGUGUCAGACCUGGCACGGCUGGAGGCCGUUUUUCCACUCUCCCGACCCUCGUGGGACCCCAACUCAGAUCAAGGUAAGGAGGCUCUCGAUCGGUAUCGCCAGACUCUGCUGAGGGGAGUCCGAGCAGCUGCGCGGAAGCCCACCAAUCUGUCUAAGGUAACUGAAACUGUGCAGGGACCAAAUGAAUCCCCGGCUGCUUUUCUAGAGCGCUUGUGUGAAGCCUACAGGCUCUACACCCCCAUAGAUCCAGAGGCGCCAGAAAACAGGCGGGCAGUUAACAUUGCUUUCGUGUCCCAGUCGGCCCCAGACAUAAGAAAAAAGUUACAAAAGUUAGAAGGCUUUGAGGGAAAGAUGCUGUCAGAAUUGGUAGAGGUAGCACAGAAGACAUUCAACAAUAGAGAAGACCCUGGUGAACUAACCAAAAAGAUGGCACAGGCGGAAGGUCCGGUGUCUAAAGAGCGAACCCCUAUUCAAGGAGCUACUGGGAAGACAAAAUCAUAUCCAUGGACUCAGGCCCGAAUAACCAAUUUAGGGGCUGGGACAGUGACCCACUCAUUCCUAGUGAUGCCAGAAUGUCCUUACCCCUUACUAGGACGGGACCUCCUCAGCAAAUUACAAGCCACCAUCUCAUUCCAGGGGGAAGGAGCAAAAAUAGCCCUUAAUGCCAGACCUGACACCGUGCUCCUGACGUGUCCGUUAAGUGAGGAAUACAUCCUCACCGAGGAUCCCGGGGAAACUAUGUUGGCCCAAAGCACUUCACUGCUCCAAGAACUACAGCAAAAGAUACCAGGAGUAUGGGCUGAAGGCAAUCCCCCUGGGUUGGCGACUCACAGGCCCCCGAUUGUAGUACAGCUCACUAGUACUGCUGUUCCAAUACGGGUUAAGCAAUACCCAAUAAGCCAGAAGGCCCGGAAGGGCAUCGCAGUACAUAUAAAAAGACUGAAGGAGGCCGGGAUCUUGGUGCCCUGUCACUCCCCAUGGAAUACACCUUUACUUCCUGUACAAAAACCUGGAACAGAGGAUUUCAGGCCAGUUCAGGAUUUAAGAGAAGUCAACAAGAGGGUAGAGACUAUACACCCAACAGUACCCAACCCUUAUACCCUCCUGAGCCUGUUACCACCGAGUCAUCAAAUAUAUACAGUCCUAGAUUUAAAGGAUGCUUUUUUCUCCUUGCUGCUGGCCCCCUCCAGCCAGGCCAUUUUUGCAUUUGAAUGGACGGACCCUGAAGAAGGGGAAUCGGGACAGCUGACCUGGACUCGGUUGCCCCAGGGAUUUAAAAACUCUCCUACUCUGUUUGAUGAGGCUCUCAGCCAGGACUUAGGCACGUUCCGGAAAGAACAUCCAGAGGUCACCCUACUCCAAUAUGUGGACGACCUCCUCCUUGCUGCAGCAACUCAGAGUAAGUGCCGGGAAGCUACUGAGACCCUGUUGAGGACUCUAGACAAAUUGGGGUACCGGGUGUCUGCUAAGAAAGCCCAACUUUGCACCCCAAAAGCCACUUACCUGGGGUAUGAACUCAGCGGAGGAAAGAGAACUUUAUCUGCUAGCCGAAUACAGGCUAUCUUGCAAAUCCCGGUCCCCAAAACAAAGAAGCAGGUGCGGGAAUUCCUAGGGGCAGUAGGGUAUUGCCGCCUUUGGAUAUUAGGUUUUGCAGAGAUGGCAAAACCCCUAUACACCUGCACUGGGGGAAAAACUGAAGAACUAAAUUGGACUGAGAAUGAGACUAAGGCUUUUCAGGACCUUAAACAAGCCUUAGUCAGUGCGCCAGCAUUGGCGCUGCCAGACCUCACUAAGCCAUUCCAGUUGCAUGUGGCAGAGGCCAGGGGAAUCGCGAAGGGGGUGCUAACCCAGCUCUUGGGGCCAUGGAAGAGGCCUGUGGCAUAUUUAUCCAAGAGACUAGACCCUGUAGCUGCAGGAUGGCCAGGCUGCCUGAGGGCGGUAGCGGCCACAGCCAUACUGGUCAGAGAAGCCUCAAAGCUCACCCUUGGGCAAGACUUGCAGGUGGUGGCCCCCCAUGCCGUGGAAACCCUUCUGCGAAGCCCGCCUGAGCGGUGGCUUUCAAAUGCCCAUAUUACCCAGUACCAAGUGCUCCUGCUCGACCCUCCGCGGGUGAGCUUUCUUAAGACAGCAGUUCUAAACCCUGCAACCUUGCUGCCGGAUGAUGAUCCUGAGCAGCCCCUCCACAACUGCGUUGAAACCCUGUCCUCUUUGAGAAAUCUUCGAGAGGACCUGACUGACCAACCCCUCCGAGACCCGGAUGAGACUUUAUACACAGAUGGGAGCAGCUUCGUGGACGGAGGGACCAGGUACGCAGGAGCAGCGGUCGUGACAGCUGAUAAGGUAAUCUGGGCGCAGGCGUUGGGACACGGGACAUCGGCUCAGAAGGCAGAAUUAAUUGCCCUCACCCAAGCGUUGCGGUGGGCAAAAGGAAAAACAGUAAACAUAUAUACUGACAGCCGAUAUGCUUUUGCUACGGUUCAUGUCCAUGGGGCCUUAUAUCAGGAAAGGGGACUCUUGACAUCGGGAGGAAAGGAAAUAAAAAACGUCCAGGAGAUCCUCGCCCUCCUGGCAGCCCUCUGGCUGCCAAAGGCAGUAGCAGUCAUACACUGCAGGGGACACCAAUCAGCUGACACUCCGGAGGCGCGAGGAAACGCAUUUGCAGACAAAACAGCAAAGGAGGCAGCCCAAAAACCAGUGGGGCCUCUACAUAUCCUGCCAGCUCUCCCGACAAAGGUCUUCGAAGAGACCCCCGUCUAUUCAGAGACUGAUAACGAACUGGUAAAGAGGCUCCAGGUUAAGGAGGUAUCUGGAGGAUGGAGAGAAUUACCCGACACCAGACUGUUCAUUCCGGAGGCCCUGGGAAGGGAACUCAUUUCUCAGGUCCAUCAGAGCACCCAUCUAGGGGGAACCAAGCUGGUAGAAUUGCUUAAACGAGACUAUUAUAUCCCUAAGCUCUUCCAGGUCUCGAUGGACAUUGCAAGGAGAUGCCACGUCUGUGCACAGGUAAACCCUGGGAGGCACCCCCCCUUGGCCCAAGGAACCAGACUCAGAGGAAGAAGUCCUGGAGAACAUUGGGAAGUAGACUUUACAGAAUUGCCCCCAGGGCGGGGAGGAUAUCGAUACCUGCUGGUUUUUAUUGACACGUUCUGCUGGCCAGAAGCUUACCCUACCAAGUCUGAAGCAGCACAGAUAGUAGUUAAGAAAUUAGUUUCAGAAAUUAUUCCCAGGUUUGGCCUACCUGUUGCAAUGGGGUCCGACAAUGGCCCGGCAUUUAUUGCCCACAUCACUCAACUAUUGGCAAAAAUGUUAGGCAUAAGUUGGAAAUUACAUUGUAUCUAUAGGCCUCAAAGUUCAGGGCAGGUAGAGAGGAUGAAUCGGACCUUAAAGGAAACCUUAACAAAAUUAAAACUGGAGACUGGUGAGAACUGGGUAAGCCUUCUUCCUUUUGCCCUUCUCCGGGCCCGUUGUACCCCUUAUGUAAAGGGCCUUACCCCCUUUGAGAUUCUCUUUGGCCGACCCCCACCACUGCUUCCCAAGCUAGGGGAAGAAGUGUUGGCAUCCCUUUCUAAUCACAACCUCCUAAAGUCCCUACAGGCCUUACAGUUAAGUUCCAGACUUAACCACCGGCUGGUCCGAGAGGCUCACCGAGACCCAUCCCCUGGGACUACACCUGCACCACCUGCAUUUCAACCAGGAGACCUGGUGUGGGUGCGGAAGCACGAGCCAUCAUCCCUGGAGGCCAGGUGGACUGGACCCUUCACUGUUGUCCUCAGCACCCCAUCAGCGGUGAAGGUUGCAGGAAAAAAGCACUGGAUACAUCGAACCCAAAUCAAGAAGGCAGAAGCAGAGGACCAGCCGGAGAGAUGGACCAUCCUGCGCACCAAGGACCCCCUGAAAGUCUGA